GAAUGGGGACAGAGAGAUGGGGAUGGAGGGGUGAGGGAUGAAAGGACAUGGAAUGGGGAAGGACGGCCAUGAAGCCCAUGGGCUGUGGUCCCACAUGGCAGCCUCCCACAUAUGCACAUGCAUGUGCGGGGGGCAGCGUGCCGGUGUGACCCGCGGGGCACGGUGAUGGGCAGCUCCCCGUGUGACCCCAUCAGUGGGGAUUGCUACUGCAAACGCUUCGUGGCCGGGCGCUCCUGCAGCCAGUGCGUGCCUGAGUUCUGGGGCCUGAGCUACGACCUGGGGGGAUGCCGGCCCUGCGCCUGUGACUUCGGGGGAGCCUACAGCAACCGGUGCUCCAUGGAGGACGGGGCUUGUCCCUGCCGUCCCCACAUCAUGGGGCGGCAGUGUGACCAGGUACAACCCGGAUUCUUCUGCGCCCCCCUCGACUACUACACCUAUGAGGCUGAGCAGGCCACCGGCCAUGGCCACAGCCACCCCCAGCUCCCGGGUGCCAUCAGGGCAGAGGUGCCUCAGGACUGUCUGGAGUACAACACUAGGGAGUCAGGGGGGCGGAAGGGACGCUCACGGCACCAGCGCAGCUCCCCCCGUGCCCCCCAGCUCCGCACCCCCUUGCGCCGCAGCCGCCAACAGCCCCCCAAGCCGGACGUGGAGGAGGUGGUACGGGAUGGUGCUGGGCACAUGGUGACGUGGACAGGCUUGGGGUUCGCCCGGGUGAGGGACGGGGCUGGCCUGACCUUCCUCAUGGACAACGUGCCCUACCCAAUGGACUACGAGCUGCUCAUCCGCUACGAGCCUGAGUCAGCUGAGGACUGGGAGGUCGUGGUCAGUGUCAGCUCCCGGGUGUUGCCCACCAGCCCUCGCUGUGGGAACCUGCUGCCCUCCGAGCAGAUGUACCGUGAGAGCCUGCCCCACAGCCAGAGGUAUGUGCUGCUGUCCCGGCCCUUCUGCUUCGAGCCCAGCACCCCCUAUGAAGUGACCAUGCGGCUUCAGCGGGCUGGUGUCACCCAGCGCCACCCCGGCGCCUUCAUCCUCAUUGACUCGCUGGUGCUCCUGCCACGGGUGUUGGAGUUGCCAGGUUUCCAUGGGGCGGAGGCGGCAGCGCGCCAGGAGGAGCUGGAGCGGUACCGGUGCCUGGAGGUGUUUCACAUGGCCCCCCCACACCCCUUGGCCCAGGCCUGCACCCGCCUGGUCUGCAGCGUCUCGGCCCUGAUGCACGGCGGGGCACUGCCCUGCCAGUGCGACCCACAGGGCUCCCGCAGCAGCGAGUGCCAGGUCCAGGGUGGGCAGUGCGAGUGCAAGCCCCACGUCAUCGGCCGACGCUGUGACCGCUGCGCCCCAGGCAGCUAUGGCUUUGGGCCCCAGGGAUGCAGCCCCUGCAUCUGCUCCCCGGAGGGCUCGGUCUCCCAGCUGUGUGACGCAGUGAGCGGGCAGUGCCAGUGCCAGUCUGGUGCCGUGGGCCGGCAGUGUGACCAGUGCCAGCCCGGCUACUGGGGCUUCCCUGCCUGCCGGCCCUGCCAGUGCAACGGGCACGCUGAGGAGUGUGACCCUCGCACGGGCACCUGCCUGCGCUGCCGCGACCACACGGAUGGACGGCACUGUGAGAGGUGCCAGGAUGGUUACUACGGGAAUCCCGUGCUGGGCUCAGGCCAGCAGUGCCGGCCCUGCCCCUGUCCUGGCUACCCCGGCACACGGCACUACCACGGGAGCUCCUGCCACGCCAGUGAGGAGACCCACCACAUUAUCUGCCUCUGCGCACCUGGAUACGCAGGGCCCCGCUGCGACCGCUGCUCCCCUGGCUACUUCGGGGCUCCGGAGAUGGAGGGGGGCGUGUGCCGGCCCUGCCAGUGCAACAACAACAUCGACACCAGCGACCCGGGGGGCUGCGACCCUCGCACGGGGCAGUGCCUGCGCUGCCUGUACCACACUGCCGGGCCUCACUGUGCCCAGUGCCAGCCUGGCUACUAUGGCAAUGCCCUGCAGCGCAGCUGCCGGCGCUGCGGCUGUGACCCGCGGGGCACACUGGCCUCACACUGUGCCAAUGGCACCUGUGCCUGUGACCGUGGCACGGGAGCCUGCACCUGCCGGCCCAACGUUGUGGGCAAGAGCUGCGACCGCUGUGCACCCCAAUUCUGGAGCUUGGGAGGUCCAGGGGGCUGCGAGCCCUGUGACUGCCACCCCAUACAUGCCCUGCACUCUGUCUGUGACACGGUGACAGGGCAGUGCCAGUGCCGGCCCGGGUUCGGGGGCCGUGUCUGCUCCCAGUGCCAGGAGCACCACUGGGGAGACCCUGAGCAGGAGUGCCGAGCCUGUGAGUGUGAGCCGCUGGGUGCUGAGAGCCCACAGUGCGAGCAGGACAGCGGGCAGUGCCAGUGCCGGCUGGGAUUUGGGGGGCUGCACUGUGACCGCUGCCAGCGGGGCUACCAGGAGCCUUUCCCCCACUGCUCGCCCUGCCACCCCUGCUUCGGGCGCUGGGACCCGGCCGUGGGCAGCCUGCGGGACGGACUGCGGCGCCUUGGGGCGCAGGUGCAGGCCCUGAGGGAGGGGGGAUCCGCGCUCCCACUCAGCCCUCGUCGCCUGAGGGAGCUGGAGGAGGCCCUGGGACGCGUGGAACGACUGCUGGGUGAAGCGGGCAACCCCAGUAGCCCCCUCCUCAGUGGACUGCCUGGGCAGCUGGACGGCACUAGAAUGGAGCUGGACAACUUCUGGAGGCACCUCCAAGAGCUGGAACAACAUCUGGACCAGUUGGCGCAGGCAGAUGUGCGGCACCAUGACCAGCUAGCUGGGCUGAGCCACAAGCUGGGGGGUCUCAACCGAACCACCUCCCAUCUCCAAAUCCUCCUCGGCACCGUAGCAACGACUGGAUUCAGCGAGUCUUACCGCAGCAUCCUGGCAUCGGCGGAGGCCUCGCGGCAGGCAGAGGUGGUGGCCAAUGGCACAGCUGGUGAGCUGAGCAGGUCACAGGCGACGCGGCGGGCAGCUGAGCGGGCAUUGCGGCAGCGGGGCGAUGCUUUCCGCCGUGGCACAGCCGCAGCACGGAAAUCCUUGCGGGAGGCACAGAAACGGGUGAUGGGACUCAGCAUUGCCAGGAUCAAUGAGAAGAUAUGUGGGGCACCCGGAGACCGGAGCUGCAAGCACGCACCUUGUGGAGGAGCCUUGUGCCGGGACGGUGACGGCACGCGGCGUUGCGGUGGCACGGGUUGUGCAGGGGCAUUGCCCAUCUCAGCUCGAGCCCUGAGCAGCGCCCGUAAUGCCUCACAGCAGUUGGAGGUGGCAUUAGGGCAGCUGGGUGUUGUGGCACAGAAGAUGCAGGAGGUGCAGGAGCUGGCACGGGGGGCACGGAGCUGGGCGGAGGAGGCACUGGGGCGCUCACAGGCUGCCCGCAGCCGUGCGGAGGAGGCGACGGCCCAGCUACGGGAUUUCAUCCGUCGAAUCAAGGCCUUCCUGGCAGAGGAGGGAGCCGACCCAGGCAGCAUCGAGCUGGUGGCCCAGCAGGUGCUGAACAUCUCCCUGCCCAGCAGCCCCAGUCGGAUCCAGGAGCUGCUGUGGGAGAUGCGGGAGAGCAUCAGCCAGCUGGAGGGGGUUGAUGCAGUGCUCAAUGGCACGGCAGAGGGGCUGGCCAUGGCACAGGGGCUGCUGGCGCGGGGACAGGAGGCCAGGGAGCGAGCAGAAGGUGUGAGGGAUGAGCUGGUGGAGACACAGCAGGCACUGGAGGUGGCACGGGCUCAGGCAACGGCAGCAGGGAGUGCCCUGCAGAGCGCCAGGAAUGCCAUCCGGGCAGCUGAGAACAAAGCCAGGGAGGCGGAGCGCAAGCUGCAGGCCCUGGACGCCAAGGAGACACGGGCACAGCGGCGGCUGCAGGAGCUGGCACAACGCGUCACUACCCUGCAGGAGCGCAGCCAGAAUGUUCGCCACAUGGCCCAGCAAGCCAAGGAUGGGGCACAGCGUGCCACCUCCAACUCAGGGUCACUUAGCCAGGACCUGGCGCAUGUGACGCAGCGCUACGUGUUGCUGAAGAACCGGGUGAGAGUGCUGGAUGGGGUAUCUGAUGGGGCCCUGCAGCGUGUGACACAGCUGACAACAGAGGCCCGAAACCUCUUGGACAAGGCCAGCAACAGCAAGAGGAAGCUGGAAGACCUGGAGCAGCGCUUUGGGGCCAACGAGCAGGCAAUGGCAGCAAAGGUGACACAACUGCAGGAGUUGGAGCAGCAGGUCUCGGGACUGCUGCAGGAGAUCCGCGAGAGGGCCAACGCUUAUGCCACCUGCUAGGGACCAUCGACGGCGUCGGGGGCCGGUCCUGCCCCGCAGCCCCCCUCCGGUCCCCGAGCUCGGAGGUCCCGUCCACUCCACACCCCCCUAUAUCGCGGGCGCGCCUGCAAAUAAAGCCCUGAACUGUG